AUGGAGACGAUGUUCAUGCAGGUUUUCGAGCACCGGGACUGGGUGGAGGCACAGAUGCGGCAGCAGGUCGCGUCCUCCUCAGACUCCAUCGCCUGCUCCCUCAUCGCCGCCGGCAGUCGCCCCCCGGCGUGGCUCUUGCCGCAGCUCGCCUCCGCCAUAGUGGAGCAAGGAAAUACUCUAAGAAAGCCACCUAUAGAUCUUGCUAAUCUGAAAAAGGCACACGUUGUUCAUCUUGCACCCCCUACCAACCAUCAGGUGUCCAAGCCCAAACCACUUGAAUUCCGUGGCGUCAAGCCGGGUAGCUGUAAUAUCACUGGUUCUUCUGAAAGAUUUAAUCAGAGCAAGAGUUGCAUGUCUGAAGCUAUCCUUACCAAAUUUGCUUCUGUGCACCCCCCGAAUGAAGACCUAUCUGCUACUAUUUCUCAUGAAGCUAGCUUGCAUGAGGUACUUCAUUCUGUCAGCAGUCCACUGCCCGAAGAGGAAACAACACAUGCUGCUGCAAAUUAUUCUCUUGAAGGACCGAAUUCUGUUGCCAACCCAUUGCUUGAGAAUGCCUUAUUACAGUCUGGCAAACCUAAUUUUCUUGAAGGAAUCGACUCUAUGGCCGGUCCAAUGCCUGGAAAGGACACAGUCCACACUGCUGAAAUCGAUUUUCUUGAAGGGCCUACUUCUGGGGCUCAAGAAAUGUUGGGAUCGCCGCAAAACAAAAUAUUAGAUGAUGACCGUGGACACUCUCCUCAACCCCAGAAAAAUAUGUUGGAAGAUGGUUGUCGACAUGACUCGCAUUCGCAUGUAUGUGGUGCAUUCAACACAUUCUCCUUGCAGUCUGCUGCUAAUCUUGAGAAGCUGCUGCCCAACUCUGCCAACGAUGAGCGUUUAUAUCAGAACAUCAUUCCUUUUCCAGGAACAAUUAAUCAUAAUGAUUUCUGUAGUGCUAGUGCUUCAGAUGCCUUUAUAUCUACACGGAGUGACCCAUUUCAGAUGCAAACUUCAUUGCCUAAACUAUCUCCAGAAUUUGUUAGGACAGCUAAAACUGGGGAUGCACACAUUGGAUCUUCUUCUCUGUCCACAGCAAAUAAGAGUCUCCAAAUAAAACCAGUAUUAGAUUCAGUCAGCUGCCAUCUUAAACAGUCUGGUCAUGCUGAGUCAAAACUUUUGAUUCAGACUGAAGCAUAUGAUGUUUCUCCAAGAAAUAACAUGGGCAAAUGUGUGACAUCAACAGUUAUACGUGGGGCUUCAUCUGAAGGUGCACAGAUAUUGCAAACUGCAGAAAGAAAUAGUACACCAUCAGCAAAGGAAUGCUUGGAUUCAUCUUGUGAAAGAGUAGCCAUGAACUGUCAAUCAAGUUCUAGUGCAUCGUUAGUUCCUCAAUAUUCUCAAUCACAUUAUUUGGAAAAUGGUCUCGAUAAAGUGAGCAAUUCUUCGCCUAAUUACUCUAAUACUUUCUUUGAUGGCGAUGCAUGCUGCAUAAGUAAGAAAAUUUCUUGCUUUGCAAAUCCUGACACAGAUGUAAAAGUUGCAACCAUAGAAGACAAAAUACUUACCGGGAUAGAUUUUGUUGCAUUUAGAAGUGGAGUGCUGAAUACAGAAAAUUAUCCCAUCACGGAUUCUCCAACUACUGAUCCAAGGUAUGCUUUAUAUCAGAAGAAUCACCAUGCGAGCCUAGAAUUCGAUGAGAAAGGUAUUGAUGAUGGAAAGAAAGUAUCUCAUGGUUCUAUUCCAUGGCAAAAUGUUGAUAUUUAUGCUGACUAUGAUGAAACUGCGCAACAGUGUGAGAGCUUUAACAUUCCUAUUCCAUCUAAGAAUAAGAGUUCAACUGUCAAAGAAAGGACAUUUGUGGGACUUUGUGAAUCUGAGAAGUUGAUUCACUUGAGCUGCAAUCUUUCCAGAAAGUAUAAGAUGGGCAGCAAGAUGAAACCAUUGUGUGGAAAAUAUGAGUCAUUGGCAGCUAGGUUUGAGAAACUCGUGAGCCAGUGCUCAGUCGAUUCUGUUGAUACUAAAUGGCAUGAUCCAAGUUAUGAUAUCAACAAUUUGGGAAUUCCUGGUGAAUAUAGUUUGGAAUUCGAUGAUUCUCUUCUGAUGUCCAAUGUCCAAACUUAUGGUUCAGGAAAUGCUAAUAGUGUUCAAGAGGAUAGUAACAUUCCUUUGACCCCGUCAGCUCACAAAACUGACCAAGCAAUGAAGAACCCAAAGGAGAACCAUGCUUCUUCAAUUAGGAAAGGAGAAGUGUCACAACCCCUCCAUGACAGAGAAAGCAGGGCAGCACUUCUGAACAGAAAAAAUCCAAGACACAGAAGCAAGACAAAUCUUGGGAAAGGAUGGAAACCAUUUGUACCACUUGUAAAACAGAAUCAACAAUUUAGAACAGCAUGUGGGAAAGCUUUACCAUGCUUUCACUUUUCACAUAUUGCUGAUAUUUCUGAUCAGUUUUCUUAG